UUUUCCCUGCAGUUCCACAUCACCGAAAAAUAUUCCGGAUGGAUUCGCAGCACCGAAACUGAAGUCCUUUUUCUAAAAUUAAAAUGGAAUUUCACAGUAUUAUUUUCCUAAUUUGUGUGUUAUUAUGCUCGGUGAGCAAGUGUUUUUGUUACUUUAUCACGGUAGAUGCCCAUGCAGAAGAAUGCUUUUUCGAAAAAGUAGAGAUGGGAACCAAACUGGGUUUGAUGUUUGAAAUAUCGGAAGGAGGUUUUCUAGAUAUUGAUAUCAAAAUAAUCGGUCCAGAUGGAAAAAUUAUCCACCAAGCAGAAAGAGAAAGUAGCGGAAAGUUGACUUUUAGUGCACACAUGCCGGGUACCUAUACAUACUGCUUCAGCAAUCAGAUGUCUACGAUGACUCCCAAAGUGGUCAUGUUCAAUAUUGAAAUCGGCGAGCCGCACAAGGAGGUCGCUGCAGGUGAAAAAGGAGAAGCUAAUAAAAUGGAAGAGAUGGUGAACGACUUAAAGAACUCACUCCUUUCUGUGAAGAAAGAACAAGAGAUGGCGUUGGUCAGGGAUCGAAUUCAUAGAGCUAUCAACGAGUCCACAAAUUCAAGAGUUGGUUACUGGUCUAUAUUUGAAUCUCUUGUGCUUGUUGUAAUGACUGUAGGUCAAGUUUAUUAUUUGAAACGAUUUUUCGAGGUUAGGCGGGUUGUAUAAUUUGUAAUUAAAAGUGGUUAAUUUUUUACUUUAAUUUUUAUAAAUACUUUGUAAGUAAUUUCUAUUUUCUUCAUUUUCGAAGUUCAAACCAAUACCUACCUGUAUCUUUGUACAUUGCUCUCCUUUUUUUAAUUAAAUGUUUGUGAAAUUAGA